AGUCAGUACAAUGUCGAAAGUGGAUCUGUCAGCAUGGCCUUCUGGUAUCCAAAGCGAGAAGACGUGUGUGGAUCUGAAAGCAGCUGGGGGAGACAGGAGAGAGCAUAGGAGGACAGACUGGCAAGGCACCCCACAGUCUCUCAGGCAGGAGCAGCACCUGCAGUGGCUGCAGCUGCAGUGCAGAUGGAGGGAGGUCAGCCAGCGCGAACGCAGGGCCAAGCUGCGCAAUGCACAGAUCAUCCAGGACUUCCAGAGGACAGAGGCCACUGUGAGAGACCUGGCCGCCCGGACCACAGCCAUGACCACCAUUCGUGCUGAUUAUGAGAAGCAGCUGCAGCAGAAGUGUCCCAGACGGCUGCAGAAGUUGGAGGAGAAGAGGACAUAUCUGCAUUGCAAGAAGCAGGUGGAGCUGAACCUAAAUGAAUACCUAGGAAGGCAGGAAUGGGAGAAAGUGACACAAAGUGACAUCAGCAGGGGUCCAGCUGGUGCUCAGUCCCCCAGUUCCCCUGCUGACCCCCUCCACCUCCUCACUUCAUCCCCACCCCCCCUACCAGACAGCAAAAACUGUUACUUCCACACACUGAAAAAUGACUUGAUGGAUUCCCAAAGUGAGGACUACACCCAAAACGUCUCUCACCAAUCAUGCCAUCCCAUGGGCCACAACUCCUGGUUGACUCCGGACCAGCGACGAAAAUCAGUUUCCCAAACCAGGACUAUCUCGGACCAUCUAGCCGAUGCUUCCAUGGAGACUAGAGGCCCCCAGCAGGGGGGUCGCAGUCUGGAUCCCAAGGCAUGGGGUGUAGUCUGUGAGCCAGCGCAGGACCAGAAAGGUGAAACGUGCAUGUCAUUGAGGAGAUGGGACCAAGAUGGCGGCCUUGAUGGAAGCCCCACUCAGGAGGCAGACAGAGACCUGAGGCAGAGGCGGCUUGACAGGCAGGAGCAGCCCUGCAACCAGUCCUUCGAGCUGGAUGUUAAGCCAGUCCGUCUGCCCACCACACAUAGGGGCAGCAGUGAGAGAAGUUCCGUCUGCAGUACUGCCAAGAGCAACGAUGUCCCUGCAUCACCGAGGAAGAAAAAGAAGGAGAAAAGAGGAAGGAUUCAAAAAAUCUGCACAGGCUGGAUGAAAACUUUCUGCCAUAGGUCACAUGAUGGAGUUGCUAGCAGCAUGGAAACCUUGUCAGGUCACAUGGGACACAGUUCAAAGACAAGUGGGCACUCCGUAGUAGCAAAGCAGAGGAGCAAUGAAUCUUCACCAAAUGAAGGCGAAACAGAGAGUGCACAUUCGUCUGGAGAGACGGAGAAGACUGAGAAGGACGGUCUGACCCAGGAAGGUGCUGUGGAAGGUCCAGAAAUGGGGGAAGAGUUAGGGGAAAGUGAAGAGACUGAUAAUGGAGAUGAGAAUGAUUCACAGUUUAGCAGCCAGUCAGAGGGAGAAGGUGAGGAAGCAGAGGAAAGUAAGGAAUAUAGCAAAGAAGAAAUGAGCAGUGGGGCGGAAGAAAGUGAGGACUAUGAUGAAGAAAUAGAAGGAUGUGAAUGGAAUGGGGAACAGGGACAGGCAGGGGAGGAUGAUCCUGUGGGGGGGGUAGAAACAAGUGAGGGAGGCACAGAGGAUGGAGAGAUUUACGACAGCCCAGAGCAAGAGUGGGGGCAGAUGUCUGGGCAUGAGAAGGUCAAAGAAUUACAGAGCUUCAUGCCAAGUGGUGCAGGAGGUGAGAAGACAGUGGAGGAACUGGAGGAGGUGGAAGAUGAAGGCAACGGCCAGGAGGGUGAAGAAGAGGAAGAUGAUAGUCAAGAAGAAGGAUAUUCUGAGGAUGACAGCGAGGAAGAAAAAAGCCAGGGACAAGUCACCUUAGAGGAGGGUGACGGGGAACAAGAUGAAGAGGACGGUACAGGUAGCUUAGACAAAUCUGAAGAAGAAGAUGAGGCGAGGGAAGAUUUCAGCAAGGAUGAAGAGGAGAUGAAUGAGGAAAAGGGAGGUAGUGAAGUGGAAGAAAUGGGAGUGACAGACUGCAAGGAAGAUGAAAGUGGGAGAACGACUGACUCUGACGAUGAAAUAAUCAGCUCACAGCUGGAUGACAGGAAAAGCCAAGCUACGAGAGCUGGAUGGAAUUUUACUGGUAAAUGUGACGCUGCAGGAAAAAUGAGACAAAUUGAUGAAGAAAAUGAAGAAAAUGAAACAGGAGAACAAAAGUAUCAGGAGAGUACUGGUGACGACACAACCAGCAGCGAUGGCCCUGACUACAGCAAGGCACUCUUUACAAAAGUUAUUACUGGUGAUGAAGAUGGUCAGUGUAGUGAUGAUGAGGAGGAUAUUGAAGUUCUUCUGGCGCCGCAUGGAGAUCCAGAGAGACAGCAGGAGAAGAAAACACCCCCCGCAGUGAAAACUACAGGUCCAUGGCACGACUCAGAGACCGACUCAGGCGACAUCGUGCUGGAUGGACAGGAACUGAGCGCUUGUGACCUGAAUGGGCAGGAUGACUUUGAUGACUUUUAGAAAGAAGAAGAAGUAGC